AUGUUCGGUAAAGGUGCGAAGCGGAAGCUGGACGAGGAUGAAGAGGGGCUGGAAGGCAAAACGCUGGAGGCGUCGCUGGCGGGAGGGGGACUAGGCCUCUGUCCGGAGGGUCUGUCUAAGGUGUCGUACACCCUGCAGCGACAGACCAUCUUCAACAUCUCCCUGAUGAAGCUGUACAGCCAGCGGCCGCUCGGCGAGCCCAGCCUGGAGCGCCGGGUCCUCAUCAACAACAUGCUGAGACGCAUCCAGGACGAACUCAAGCAGGAGGGCUCGCUGCGGCCGCUGCUCUUCCCGCCCUCGCCGCCGCCCGACGACCCAAUGGACGAGGGCUUCCGCGAGGCGCCGCCCUCCUUCGGUGUUUUGUCAGCGACAGCACAGAUAUCCCAGCCCUCUGCGCUGCUGAUGCCCGUCAUUGCUCCUCCGCCUUCACCCCACCCGAUGGUGCCUCCAAGCUCCCAGGCGUCCCAGGGCUGCCUCAGCCGGGCGGAGGUCUGCCCCGCCCCUCUGGAAGCCUGCCUCACCCCGGCCUCUUUACUGGAGGAGGACAGCGGAGACUCAGCCUUUUGUGCUCCAUCCCCUCCCACUCCUCCUCUGUCGCCUCCCCCAGCACAGCCUCCCCCGUUACCCUCGGCGCUUCUGAGCCAGGCGCCCUCCAGGGUCCCUGUGCCCGCCACGUCCAAUGACAGCUUCCCCUCUGCUCUGAGUGACAUGGAGUUGGACCCUCCCACAGCCAUAGCAAGGACAGCAGCAGCUAAUACUACGACCGUGACUACCUCCCCAGCUCCCACGCCACUCACCCAGCCCUCCCACCUGACACCCCUCUCCCCCACACACACGGGCUCACUCAAAGACUGCAGGACCAUGGGUGCUAAACCAGAGGCAGCUGGCGUCUUGCUAGCAGAAAGCCGCUGUGUGGAGCUCCGGCCGAUGGACACUCUCCCCACACUGCCCCCCGGUGGCCUGGUGGACAGCUCUUCCUCUCCCUCAUCCCCUCCCUCCUCUUCCUCACCAACGGGGUUCCUCUCAGACUUGGCACUGGACGAUGUCCUGUUCGCCGACAUCGACACGUCCAUGUAUGACUUUGACCCCUGUACCACAGCAGGGGCUGCGAGUGUGACGGCAGGCGGCAGCCUCACCAAACUGUCAUCAGUAGUGACGGCAGACGACCUCCUCAAAUCGCUGUCGUCGCCGUACAGCGGCCCCGCCCCCCAGGUUUCAGCCAAUCAGCCUUUUAAAAUAGAUCUGACAGAACUGGACCACAUAAUGGAGGUGUUGGUGGGGUCUUGA